AGCGCCUUGUGUGCAACUGUGUGCACUGUAACAGCAGACAGGAAGAAUCAAUUUUAAGAGCUUCCUAGACACAAAACCGACAGCUGUAUUAAACAAUGGUUCAAGCCAAAAUGUGGGUCCUACAACAUCACUUUGAAGGAUUUCCAAAGGAUGGCGACUUCGAGCUGAAAGUAGUGGAACUCCCUGAACUUAGAGAUGGAGAGGUUCUUCUGGAGGCUGUGUUCCUCAGUGUGGACCCGUAUAUGCGACCAUACAGUCGUGUUCGAAUGCAGGCUGGAGAUGUGAUGAUUGGAUCUCAAGUGGCCAAGGUAGCUCAGAGUAAUAAUCCUGUGUUUCCUGUGGGCUGUCAUGUGGUUGGUCGAUGUGGCUGGAGAACACAUACUGUGUCAGAUGGAAGUGAUAUUACACGAGUUUUGGCUGACUGGCCUCAGGAAGUCUCCCUCUCACAUGCCCUUGGAGCCAUUGGGAUGCCAGGGCUGACUGCACUCUAUGGUUUGGAAGAGGUCUGUGCCAUCAAACCAGGAGAAACGUUACUGGUGAAUGCAGCCGCAGGAGCAGUGGGCUCUGUAGCAGGUCAGAUAGCCAAACUUAAAGGCUGCAGGGUUGUGGGCUCAGCUGGUGGUGAUGACAAGGUGGCAUACCUGAAAGAGCUGGGCUUUGACCAGGCUUUUAACUAUAAGACCGUCUCCUCCCUGGAGGAGACACUGAAGAACGCUUCACCUGAAGGAUAUGACUGCUUCUUUGAGAAUGUUGGUGGUCACUUUUCCAGUGUUGCUAUUCAACAGAUGAAGACUUUUGGCCGUAUUGCUGUGUGUGGAGGAAUAUCCCUGUACAAUGACACCACCCCUCAGACAGGACCUUAUCCACAGCUUACCAUGAUUUUUAAGCAGCUGAAAAUGGAAGGUUUCUUGGUGGGUAGGUGGGAGCAUAAAAAUGAAGAGUCAAUGAAGCGAAUGUUGACCUGGAUGCAGGAGGGAAAGCUGAAGUGCAGAGAGCAUGUUACUGUUGGGUUUGAAAAUAUGCCUGCUGCAUUCAUGGGGAUGCUGCGAGGGGUAAACAUAGGCAAGGCCAUUAUUAAAGUCUGAUGCCAAGUCUUUCAGCUUCAUGAAACCACAAUCAUAACAAUCUGUUAUUGGUUCUGCAUUAUUAACUAAAUUUCCAUGUUUACAGUUGUUGUAAUGUCUUUGGUGCUCAAAUCUGUAAGUGUCUUAUAUUUUGAUACAGAGAAACAACAAAGUGCCAUUUAAAUCUUUGAAUUUUGCCUAAUGCAAUUUAAUGUGGGAAAGUAAUUAUUUAGCUUCUUACAAUUUUGUGGAUUUUUUGUUGAAUUUUGUUGAAUUUUAAGUUUUAAAUGUUUGGCAAGCAUUUUGUGUUUUAAGAUGAUGUUUUAUCUACUUUUUUUAUACUCCAGUGUGAAAUUAAAUAAACUCUGCCCUAUCAGCCCAUACAUUUUAAACAAUA